AUGUCGACUUCAUUUAUAGAUAGAGUCCAAUCACAACUGAUUUUCAACAGCUCGUCGUUUAAAAUUGAACCACGAUCGAGCCCACUACAGAACCAACCACAUACCAUCUCCAAUGUAGCAACUUGCAGAAACAAUACUGAGAUAUUUUUGGCCCUGGGUAAUGUUGUUAGAUGUUGCAGCAUAAACAGUAAGACUUCUAAUUACAAGGUGCUACACAUUCCGCAUUUAGACUACGUUAUUCGAAAUUUGAUUCUAAAUGACAAAGGAAAUAUGUUGGCCAUAGUGGGUGAUGGGUCCCAGGUAACCGUCUGCUUUUUGCCAACUUCAAUUUCUAGUUCAUCUGUAUCUUCAAUUGAGGUGAAACAUUAUAGAUUGAGUAUAGAAGAUUCUUUAUCUAUCAAAAAAUGCAUAUGGCAACCUUCAGUUGCCAAUGGUAACUGUCUCGUUGUCUUGACUGAUGAUGAUGUGAUCCGAAACUUUGACUUAUCAAUUUCCAGUAUAGAGCCACAAUUGGUGGUUGAUUUGAAGAAAGAGGGUAAUUUCAAGGGGGAAACUGCUGCCUCGAUUGCAUUCGGGAAUCAAAAUCUUCUUUCUGGGACGUUGUCAUUGUACGUAUUGACCUUGGACGGAGGGAAGGUUUUCGCCAUAUAUCCUUUUAUACACCAAGCAGCAUUGAUCUUGACUUCCAGAAACGAUAUUAAACAAUUACAUGAUGAAACUGUUGCGAUAAAUAACUAUGUAGAGCAAUCAGGAUCUGAAAAUGCGUCGAAAUUAGCGGAGGCACAAUUUAAGUAUGUUGAUUACAUAUAUUCACAAUUGUUCACUCCCGUGUCUCCUAGGAUCGACGGUGCAAGUGGAAAGUUUGUUUUAAGUCAAAUGAAGAAUGCAUCUGAUCAAAGCAUAGCUUUACAAGGGCCACUAUUUGACGGAAACAGUACUGGGAAAGGAUCUGAUAUCACGUCUAUAAAUGGAGUCGGUAAUCUUUCAUUAUUAGCUUCAAGUUCUAUUGCUUCUGAUGAAGUUUUCAUAAACUACUAUGGACAAUUAAGUUCCUUACUUAUGAAAUGGAAAAAUAGUGAUACCAGUCUUCAGACUAUUUCAAAGCCCGCCACUCCUAAAAACUCACAUGGCUAUAAGAAACUAACCAGAGGCUUUGGGUAUAUUGAUGAGGAAGAAGACGAUGACAACGACGUAGAAGAAUCAAGAACAAAAAAUGAUAAUUCCGUCCUAAAGAAAUUUCUUUCAGUAACUCAUUUGAGAACUGAUAUAUUAUUAAGUACUAAAGAAAUUAAAGUUGAAUUAUCAUCCUAUGAUUCCACGUUUCUUAUUAGAAUUGGAAGAUCUGAGAUUUUUUCAGUUUCACCAGAAUGGUUUAGGCAUAUCUUUGAGAACUUCUCGAUUGAUGAAUCCAAAGAUAUAAUAUACAAGCUGAUAUCGAAACAGCCAUUAAAAGGAUUCUUCAUAGCAAAAGAUGUGAUCACAGAAGAGGGGACUUUUAUUAUAUCCACAGAUGAUAAUGGAAUUUUAAAAAUAGAACAGAUUGUUAAGGGCAUAGAGUUAAAUAAAAUUGAAAGGAAGCCGACAAAUUUUGCUAUAGAUGCCUCCCGAUACAAGACAUUGAGUGCUACUCCUCUUUUGACUAAUGAGCCUUUUCAAGAAUUGCAAGCAGAAAUAGAUAGCUUGUCACAAAAUUUGAAAAACACUCCCUUGAGGAAUUCAAUUAUAGAACGUAAUAUUGCUUUGGAUAAGAAAAUUCCGAUUUCUGAUUCUAAAUAUUUAACAUCAGUUAAUCAACUAUCAAUACAGACAAUUCGUCAUGUAUCCGAAUUUACUCAUUUUGCACUCAAUCUUAAGGGAAGACUUGACAAACAACUUGAUACGUUAAGAGAGAGCAUUAGCCUCUUGAAUAAGGUAAGGAAUUCAUCUGUGAAGCUGCCAGAAGAGCUUGAGUCCAUCAAUUCAAAAAUCGCCGAAUUGGAUGCAAGACAAGUUCAAAUUGUUGAAAGAUUAAAUAAGGUGCACCAAUUAAUUUUUGAUGCUGUUCAAAAGUUGAAAAUUUCCAAUCAAUUGCCAUUAUCAGACUCAGAAACGUCGUGGUUCAAGGAGAUCAAUUCAAUAGCUGCAUUGGCGAAUGUCAAAUUUAAAAAUUCCGUUAAAGAAUCCAAGCAACAGAUUAAUAAAUUGUUGGAAGACAUCGCAGUUGAGACUGUCACUAAUGAUUUGAAUGAUCUUUCAUUAAGUAAUAAAGUUAAUAAGGUGAAGCUUUUGCUAGAAAAGGAGGGCCAAUUGAUUUCACUAGCAAUGACGAGAUUGGAAUUUGUUAACAAGAAUUUGGAUUAA